AGGGAUAUAUAUAUAUGUGUGUGUGUGUGUGUGUGUGUGUGUGUGUGUGUGUGUGUGUGUAUGUAUGUGUGUGAUAGAGGAAGACUGUAUCCCAGAGCUGAGGGCAGUGACGGAGGGAUAGAUCAGCCGCUGGUACACAGAUUUAGCUCAGUUGUACAGUGUCAUCAUGAGUGAGCUUCGAGCCAACAGUGAGCUGCCGACUCAGAACCAGAGCUCCCUGAAUGAGGAGAAGGAUAAAGCUGGGAACUCGGAAAAGGUGGAAGAAGAAAUUGAUAUUGACCUGAAUGCUCCUGAGACGGAGAAGGCUGCGCUGGCCAUCCAGAACAAGUUCCGCCGGUUCCAGAAAAAGAAGCAAGACCCCAGCCCUUGAUAAAGAUGCCUCCACACGUGCGACCUUUACACUGCCCUGUAGAACAUACACUGUGUAACAACUUGUCUACUGAUUCCCCACUCCCCUCUCUAGAGAGGACGCGGUGGAUACAAACAGGGCUUCAUAGCUACUGUUUUCCCCGACAGUACCCCUCUUCCCUCUAAGUUAUACUGAAUGCUUACCCCUUUGUCUGGGCCAAUCCCACCCUAACACGGGCCACAGGUUGGCCGUCUUGUAGAUACUCCCUGAUCUGGGUAUAGUCUGUGUGAUGAGAAAGGAAAGACUUUUGUACAAAAUUGAAGCUAAAUGUAAGGUCUUGGUAUGUACUAGGUUUCAGGGCUAAAGAGAUUCCCUCCUUCAGGCAUGUUACUAUAGCGUAUAUUAUAUUUACGUAUUAAAUGUAUAUAACCAAAUAUAGACCCUACCGAGGACCAUACUCCCUGCUCAUCCCACCCAUCACUUACAGACCUAUCCCUACCAAGGUAUGCUUGGUAUAUUUCAGUAGACCUGGUGUCUACAAGCACAGCAGGAAGCCAUUUUGUGCACUGAAACAAUAUUCGGCCUAUCAGCUACUUAGAGACUGGUGACAUCACGGGUAGUUCCUAUUGGAUGGAUCGGCUAAAUUCCAGUGGAUCGCGUUUCAGCAGACAAAAUGGCUGCCUCCACCUGCUGUAAGGGACUGCUGUACUUUAGUGCUAAUUGUAUAUUUCAAAAAAGGGAAUACAGAUAUGACCUGCCUGACCUAUAGGGUUAUGAUAAUAUAAUAAUAAUUCUGCUGUGUGAAACAUUAUACAAUGUUGAGUCCAGAGUGGAAGGAGCUUGUAGAUCAGUCUUAUGCUAUUACAGUGAUGUAAGCUAAUCGCUGCACUUCAGCUAGCAAUCUCUAGAAUGUAAGCCUUGUGGGCCAGAAACCCAAUGUAUAAUUUAAAAAUAAAAUUAUAUAUAUAUAUAUAUAUAUAUAUAUAUAUAUAGUUUUUACAAAUGUAUAUAUAUAUAUAGAUUACUGAUCUGUAUAUUGGACCUUCAAAAAUAUAACCAUUAAAACAAGGACUACAUCAUCUUCUGUAUUACUAUCUAGAGAGCGACCACUUUGAGGUUUGAAAACAGGGAACAGGUUAAGGGUUCAGUGGAGGAACAAUGCUCUGCUGCCCCCUUGUGGCUGUUUCAUAGUAUUGAUCUUGGCUUCAACAUUAACUUUUGAUCUUUGGUAUAUUUUCUGUCCCUGGUUUGAAUUCCCUGUCGACUUCUUGUGACCUUUAAUUAAUCACUUACUAUUAUAAUCAAAAACUAGACUGUAUUCAUUUUGGUUACCGACAUAUGUAAAACUGGUGCCGUAAUCUUAUAUUACGAUAUUCUGAAAGCGACAUUUGAACAACUGUAUAUCAUCACCUCAUGGCCGUUUGUGUACACCUAACAUGCAAACUGUAGCAUGGAAACUACAUAAGUCAUGGGAUAUUGUGUGUACACAAUUUACACACGAAUACGUCUCAGGUUGCUAACGACGGGCCGACGCUUUCUAACACCAGAUCACACACUGACCAUUUGUGUCCUAAGGACACAAUAAUAUCUGAUAUUCUCCUUAUAACUGACCAUCAAUCUUCCUUUGUACUGCUGCCCUUACCAUUUGUCCUACACUUCAUCUCUUCCAUCACAUCACCCUAGCCCAUUGAGUGCUCUCUGGGAAAAAAAACACCCUCUUGGAAUAUUUUAGCAUGUUUCAUUAAUAAAAUCAAUUAAAACUA